AUGGCGGGGAAGAUGAAUAUGGAGUCAAGAACUGGCCGAGACAACCAACGCUUUGGCACUAAAGGUGAACGACUUGUCGCUGGUGUUGUGCCUCUCUCAGCAGACAAGACUCGAGUUCUUCUCAUUCAAUCGACUCGUCGUGGGGGUUGGGUUCUACCAAAAGGCGGCUGGGAAUUGGAUGAAGAGACUGCAGCUGAGGCAGCGUGCCGUGAAGCUUGGGAGGAAGCGGGCGUCAUCUGCACAGUCGAAGCCGAUCUUGGUCACAUCGCCGACACACGCCCUACCUCAGCACUUACCCAGAACGCACCCAAAGCAAGCUAUCAGUUCUUCGAAUGCAUCGUGCAGGAGGAGAAACCAGAGUGGCCGGAGAUGGGCAAGAGAAAGAGACAAUGGGUUUCCUACGCAGAGGCAGUUAAAGCUUUGGAUCCUAGACCAGAAUUAUUGGAGGCGUUGAAAUUGAGUUCUAUUAAGAGGAGCUAA